AUGGAGACAGAUACCAAAGCGAACUAUCCCACCGAGGAGAAAAAUGUUGCGCUCGGUGAGACUCACGAUAUUGGUGCCAACUUGUUCCUCGAGGCUGAACAGCUCUCGGCCGAGGAGUUGGAGACUGAGGGUGCCGAAGUUCUCCGUAUCCUCGACUGGCGCAUUAUGCCUAUUCUCUAUGUGACAUACGUUAUACAAUUCCUUGACAAACUAUCCCUCAACUAUGCCUCGGCCUAUUCGUUAAUUCCAGAUCUCGGCCUCGAAGGUCAGCGAUACUCAUGGGUCGCAGCAAUCUUUAACUUCGGCUAUCUAUUCUGGGCCCUUCCAGCAAACCUCUUGAUCCAACGAUUACCCAUCGCAAAGUAUAUGGGCGGUAUGCUUCUCAUCUGGAGUGUUCUGGUGAUUGCACAUAUCGGCGCGAAGAACUAUGCCGGAAUCUUGGUAUUGAGAUUCUUACUGGGCAUGGCUGAAGCGGGUGUCAGUCCUUGUAUGAUGAAUCUCACGUCCAUGUUCUACAAACGCUCCGAACAGCCUCUACGCAUGGCUAUCUGGCUCAGCGCAAAUGGAAUGGCCACAAUGGUCGGCGCCUUGUUGGGCUUUGGCCUGGGUCAUUCUGACAGUACCACUCUACGCAGCUGGCAGCUGAUUUUCCUGACGAUCGGGUUGAUGAACUUCGUCACUGCCUGUGUUUUCCUCUGGCUUAUGCCCGAUUCGCCGAGUUCCGCGCGCUUCCUUUCGCACCGUCAACGUGUCAUCGCCGUGCAGCGUGUCGCCGAGAAUAUGAUUGGCGUCAAGACCAAAGAGAUCAAACCCAGGCAGGCAUUGGAGAAUCUUUAUGAUGUCAAAGUUCUUUGCUGUGCCGGUAUUGGUAUUGCGUGUGGUGUGAUCAACGGUGGUGUUUCAAACUUUGCCUCUGCUCUGAUCAAGGGCUUUGGGUUUGAUGGGAUUUACGCGACGUUGCUUCAGUUGCCGACUGGUGCGUUUGAGGCGGCCAUUGUUCCCAUUUGUGGUAUUGUGGCUACUUAUGUUAAGGACUCACGGUGUAUUGUUCUCGCUGUUGUGUGUCUCAUUCCAUUUGCUGGUCUUCUGGGAAUCAGGUUUACUGAUCUGGACCACCGCUGGACCCUGGUUGGGUGUACCUGGCUGCAGUAUAUUGUUGGUGCUCCGGUGAUUGUCUGCUGGAAUAUUCUUGCUACCAAUGUUGCUGGGCACACGAAACGUGCUGUAGCAAAUGGUCUCUGGUUCAUGUUGUAUGCUGCCGGUAAUGUCGCCGGUGCUAAUAUCUUCUUCGCUCGCGAGGCUCCACGAUACUACUCGGCUCUUGCGGGGCUACUUAUCUGCUAUGCGGGUAUUAUUGUGCUAUCCGCCAUAGCUUAUGUGUCUAUGAGGUGGGAGAAUACGCGAAGAGAUGCAGCCAUCGAUCUGUCCACAUCCGAGGGCGAUGUUGCCUCCCAGGCAAUCUUGGAUGGAUUCAAGGACAUGACAGACAGGCAGUCGAAACAUUUCCGGUAUGCGCUUUGA